UAUAAUAUCGACAGAAGCGUCGAUAACAGUAAUUACUCAUUAAUGGAAUCCCAUAACAGAAAAGAUAUCUGGUAGGUUGUAUUGUCAACGCAUGUAUUUAGAAAUUAUUAAGAUAAAAAUUUAAUAAUUUUGACGAUGGAAGAACGUAUGAAGCCUUUGCUGCAAGAAAAUGCAAAUUCAGAACUAAUAGGCAUACUGGUUGCAGUUUUAGCAAUAGUAAUAACUUUAGUACUAUUUACUAUAUGGCGAAGACGAAAAUCUGUUGGUCAGAAUAUUAUAUUAACUGGGCUUAGUGAUGCUGGAAAAACGUUGAUAUAUGCACGUUUGCUUUGUUCCAAAUUCGUUCAAACUCAUACAUCUGUUAAGGAAAAUAUAGGAGAUAUAAAUAUCAAUAAUAAUACCUUAAGGAUUGUGGAUAUACCUGGAGAUGAGCGUUUACGUUACAAAUUUUUUGAUAAAUAUAAAAUAUCUGCAAAAGGAAUUAUUUUUGUCAUUGAUUCAGUUACAUUCCAAAAAAAUAUUAAGGAUGUGGCUGAGUACUUAUACAAUUUAUUGUCAGAUAUAGAUGGGCACAAAAAAUUACCAAUAUUAAUAUUGUGCAAUAAACAAGAUCAAACAAUGGCUAAAGGUUGUUCAGUGAUAAAAUCAUUACUGGAAAAAGAAUUAAAUCUUUUAAGACUAACUAAAACUAAUCAACUGGAAGCCACAGAUGCAACAUCCUCAAAUAUCUUUCUUGGGAAAUCUAAUAAAGAUUUCGAGUUCGAUCAUCUCAAUUCAAAAGUAGAAUUUGCAGAAUCAAGUGCCUUUACCAAAGAUCUUGAAACACCUGCUCAUAUAGAAGCAUUAGAUGCAUGGUUACAGAAUGUUAUGUGAAUAUGUACAUCCUAUUUUUUAAUAUAUAAAUUAUUUGUAACUGCUUCUUUUUAUUAAUUUGUAAUGUAUAUCAAACAUUUUUUUAUUCAUAGAAACUGAUCCUAUAUUUAAUUAAUUCAUUAUCGAUACUUUAUGACAAUAAUCCAUUAUAGAAAUAACAAAUAAAACAACUAUUAAUUGUCGUGAUAUAUAUAUAAUUUUCUUUUUUAGAAAAAUAAAUAAAAAAUUGAAAUGAUAUAAAAAAAUUGUUGAUAAAACAAGUUAAUGUGAUUCAAAGACUAAAUAAAAAGAUAAUAAAGUAUUUACAACUGAAUAAGAACUUUGAUCCAUUUAAAUACUUUCUGAUCUAUCAUGAAAGAUCAAGUGACUUUGAAAAUUAUAAAAGUCUAUAAAAAUUAUAUAAGAAUGAUGAAAGAUCUAAAUUCAUAAAUAUUCACUUUAUUCUGCAUUGUACAAUUGAUUUAUUUGUACUCUAAAAAUGUAAUCUUAUGUGUAUAAAAUAAAAUACUAAUAUAUGUAACAUAAUACU